AUGAAGAUUGACCCGGAAGCCGGUUUCGCUCCCACCCUUCACCACAAGGGUGACCCGCGCGACGAGAGUGGCGCUGCUUCCGCUCCGAGCGCCACCGUCGCGCCGCCUGUUACGACGGAUCCAGCAGCGGCCGCAGCAGCUCCGCCCGAUUCGCCCGCAUCGAACAUAGUCCCCGGCACGCCUGAACUCGCAGCGAGGGGAUCUCGCCGCGUUGGUAACCCGUCGCCGUCAUCGCCGCUCUCCAGCGUGAGCGGCAGCCGUCGGAUCGUCGCCAGCGAGUUCAUCACGGAAGAAGGCGGCCAAGCCGCGACCUUGGCGCCGACUGCCGCGGCGUCCAUCGCGGCGUCUAUCGCGGCCGCGAAUUCCCCUGCUGCAUCUGCCGCGUCUGCUGCGCCUGUGCGUGUGCCGCGCCCGGUAGAGUCCAGCCUGGGAGACAGUCCGUGGGAAGACGUCGUGCAGCCAGUGCAGCGCGGAUCUUCCACAGCAGCCUUCAAAGACAAGCAGCCCAAGGAGACCGCGGAGGAGGGGAAAGAGGAAUCCUUCAAGCAGGCUGUGCUUGCGACCCGUGAAAAUCCGUCAAGCAGGUCUGCAGGCAGCUCCUCUGUCCAUCCCGCCUCCCUUCCCACCGCUGCUCCAGCUGUUCCCGCUCCUGCGCCUUCUCCUGCUGCCUCAGCUUCUCCCAGUCGCAGCAGUGGGUCAGCCACCCCUGCUGGUCAGUCGGAGCAGGAGAGCCGCAAGAGAAGUCUGUCGUUCGGCCUGAGCCACAUCCGAUCCGCUGCUGCAGCCGCUGCAGGAUCCAUCCUCACGCCCAGAGGCACCCCUAAAGCUAGCAGUAAGGACGCGGCAGCAGCAGGAGGAGCAGCAGUAGCUGGGCCGCCACACUCCCCCGCAUCUGCGCGGCCUGGGCAGAUUGAAGAAGGAUCCCCGUUGAAGCAGAGGAAGGAGCAGGCAGCAGCAGCAGCAGGCGCCAUAGGGGGGGGAGAGGUCCCCGAGUGGGAGGAGGAGGGGAGCGAGGGGGGAGAAGGAGGGUAUGUAGAGCAGCUUCAGGGGAACGCUCCUUCUGCAUCGGCGCUGCUGGCUCAUCAUCAUCUGCCCCAGCAACAAGAGCAGCAGCAGCAGCAGCAGCAGCAGCCAACAGCUGGAACCGGGUCUGCAGCAGCGCCUGGGCCGCCCAUGGCUCGGCGGCCUGAGAUGCUGGUGGACAUGCCUGUGCCAGGCCUGUCUGAUGUCGACGUGCCCUUCCGCAGGUACUUCCACGCACAAGAAGAUCAGCCGCCACAGCAGCAGCAGCAGCAGCAGCAGCAGCAGCAGCAGCAACAUGCGUCAGCAGCAGCGAAACCUGCCCCAUCAGCUCCCCGUCCUUUGGCUGCCCGGCAGUCUGAGAUGCUGGUGGACAUGCCGGUGCCGCCCGUGGUGUGUUCCCUGGAGCCCACUGAGGCGGAGAUCAAGCGCUACGCCGAGAGUGGGGUGACCUGGAGCGGACCUGCUGGGAAGGCGGGCGCGGGAGGAGGAGGAGCAGCGCAGCAGCAGCAGGAGCGGCAGGGUAUGCAGCAGCAGCAGGGCGCGUUGCAGCAGCAACGGCGGAGGUCUCAAGAGGAGGAGGAGGAUGAGGACAGCUUCGUUCCAGUGGAAGCCCCGUACGCGCACGGCGCAUGGGCGAGUGGGUGUGCUGCGGAGAAGCUGUUUGGCGACGAGGUAGAGCUGCACCACGAGCAUGGUCACGGUCACGGACAGGGGCAUGGGCAUGGGCAUGGGCAUGGGCAUGGGCAGGGGCAGGGGCACCAGCAUGGGCAGGAGCACGGGAAGGAGCAUGGCGUGGGGCAUGGGCAGGGCGUUGAUCAGGAGCAUGGGCAUGGGCAGAUGCAUGUGCCGACCUGGCCCAGCACGCAUCACGAGCACCUGUACGCGCCUGUGCAUGAGGAUCGCACUAUGGGACCCAGCGCACAGCACGAGCAUGGACACGGCUUUCCACCCACGGGUGGUGGUGCAAGGAGGGGGGUGGCUGCGGCUGCUUCCGGUACUGGAAUAAGCAGCAGCCCUGCGAGUACCUACCACACUGCCGCGGCUGCUGCUGCUGCUGCUGCUGAAAGCCCUGCGAGUGCGUACGGCACACCUGCUGGCAGCAGGGAGGCGAGGUAUCGCAGGGAGAGCAGUGGCAGCAACAGCUCCUAUGUGGGCGGUGCUGGCAGCGGUGCUGCUGGUAAUGGCAGUGGUGCUGCUGGUAGUGGCAGCGGUGGUGCUAAGAGUGGUGAUCGUGCUGAUGAGGGGGAUCCUGAGGCGCAUGGUGGCAGCAGGGCGAGUCAGGAAGGACGUGCUGUGGGGCGUGCGGGUGCACGUGCUGGUGCACGUGGUGCUGGUGAACGUGGUGCUAACAACUCCUCCCCCUGGCUGCAUGCCUGCCGCCUGCAUCUCUCCCACAAGCUCGGCUCGGGGGACUUCGGAGAUACGUGGCAGGGCGUGGUUCGUGGAGACGCGCUCUCUCUCUCUGCUCCGCCGGCUGAACAGCUGGCCUUGCCUGGGGCAGCAAGGGCAGCAGCGGCAGUGGGCAGUAAGGAGAGGCUGGAGAAGCUGGUGAUGGCGCUGAGAGGCUGUCUCUCCUCUGCUGCUCACUUCUCCAAUGGUCUCUCCUCUGCUGCUCACUUCUCCAAUGGUCUCUCCUCUGCUGCUCACUUCUCCAAUGGUCUCUCCUCUGCUGCUCACUUCUCCAAUGGUCUCUCCUCUGCUGCUCACUUCUCCAAUGGUCUCUCCUCUGCUGCUCACUUCUCCAAUGGUCUCUCCUCUGCUGCUCACUUCUCCAAUGGUCUCUCCUCUGCUGCUCACUUCUCCAAUGGUCUCUCCUCUGCUGCUCACUUCUCCAAUGGUCUCUCCUCUGCUGCUCACUUCUCCAAUGGUCUCUCCUCUGCUGCUCACUUCUCCAAUGGUCUCUCCUCUGCUGCUCACUUCUCCAAUGGUCUCUCCUCUGCUGCUCACUUCUCCAAUGGUCUCUCCUCUGCUGCUCACUUCUCCAAUGGUCUCUCCUCUGCUGCUCACUUCUCCAAUGGUCUCUCCUCUGCUGCUCACUUCUCCAAUGGUCUCUCCUCUGCUGCUCACUUCUCCAAUGGUCUCUCCUCUGCUGCUCACUUCUCCAAUGGUCUCUCCUCUGCUGCUCACUUCUCCAAUGGUCUCUCCUCUGCUGCUCACUUCUCCAAUGGUCUCUCCUCUGCUGCUCACUUCUCCAAUGGUCUCUCCUCUGCUGCUCACUUCUCCAAUGGUCUCUCCUCUGCUGCUCACUUCUCCAAUGGUCUCUCCUCUGCUGCUCACUUCUCCAAUGGUCUCUCCUCUGCUGCUCACUUCUCCAAUGGUCUCUCCUCUGCUGCUCACUUCUCCAAUGGUCUCUCCUCUGCUGCUCACUUCUCCAAUGGUCUCUCCUCUGCUGCUCACUUCUCCAAUGGUCUCUCCUCUGCUGCUCACUUCUCCAAUGGUCUCUCCUCUGCUGCUCACUUCUCCAAUGGUCUCUCCUCUGCUGCUCACUUCUCCAAUGGUCUCUCCUCUGCUGCUCACUUCUCCAAUGGUCUCUCCUCUGCUGCUCACUUCUCCAAUGGUCUCUCCUCUGCUGCUCACUUCUCCAAUGGUCUCUCCUCUGCUGCUCACUUCUCCAAUGGUCUCUCCUCUGCUGCUCACUUCUCCAAUGGUCUCUCCUCUGCUGCUCACUUCUCCAAUGGUCUCUCCUCUGCUGCUCACUUCUCCAAUGAUCUCUCCUCUGCUGCUCACUUCUCCAAUGGUCUCUCCUCUGCUGCUCACUUCUCCAAUGGUCUCUCCUCUGCUGCUCACUUCUCCAAUGGUCUCUCCUCUGCGUGCUGUGGGCUGGACCUUCAUCCCCCUCGUGUCAUGCAGGUGGCAGUGGUGUCGCCGCUCUUUGACAAGUCCAUUGCUGACAUGAUGCAGAAGCUGCCAGGAAACCGCCUGCCGUUUCACCUCUUUCUCAGGUACGGGGCAGCAGUCUGCAGGGCGGUGCAGCAGCUGCACGAGCAGGGCGUGCUGGCUCUGAACCUACGCCCUUCCAACUUCCUCCUCCCCUCCUUCCACGAGGAUGAUGCCGUCUUCCUCGCCCCGCCGGGCCUCCCAUGGGCGCUUGCAGACAUGCAUGCGGACCCGUUCUCUCCAAUCCCCGAGCUGGCAGCAGCAGCUGGUGGAGCGAACGCGUCUCCCGUGUGGGCAGGAGUGCCGGCGUAUAUGGCACCAGAGCAGUGGGCGGCAGCAGUGAACGGGCCCCUACUGGAGGGCACUGACGCCUGGGGCUUCGCGUGCGCUGCCCUGCACAUGAUCUCAGGUGUGCCCCCCUGCAACAACAUGACACUGGAGCAGAUGCAUGACGUUGUCACUGCCCACGCGCCACAUAACCGCCACCACUGCCGCCACCACAGGCGCAUGGCAGACCACUGCAAGCACUUCCCUCCCUCCUCCACCCCCUCCUCCUCCUCCUCCUCUCCCGCUGUCUCCCCUGCCAAGACACCCACCUCCCUGCCGGCGUGUGUGUCGGCAGCGCAUCUGGCAGCGCUGCAGCAGCUGCCACUGGAGCUGGAGGCGGUGCUGCUGCGCUGCUUCCACAGCGACCCUUACAAGCGCCCCUCGUUCCACACACUGCUCCGUGCCUUCACCCGUCCCACGAGCCAGUACCUCCCAGGUGACUGGGUGCAUGUGCCUGCGUCACCGUCCACCCCUCCCCACAAGCAGCAGCAGCAGAGGGUGGGAGUGGUGGCAGCAGUGCGGGUGGGAGAGGCAGUGGUGGCGGUACAGCUGUGUGACAAGCGCCCUGGCGACCUGGUGGCUUACCCAUGCAAGAAUGUGCAGGGAAUCGUGGAGGUGAGUGUGCGGUUGAUGUUGCAGGAACAGAGUGAGGGUGUGGUGACAGCGGUAGACGGCAGCGAUGGUAUGCUGGGCGUGCGGGUGGAUACGCCUUCUCCCUCCUCUUCCUCCUCCUCUUCCUCUCCCACACCCUCCACCGCUCUCUGGCGAGUGGACCCAGCUGAAGCGGAGCGAGUGACUCACGGCAUUGCAGUGGGGGACUGGGUGCACAUCCUUGCACCAGACGCAGUUGCGCUCAUCGCCUUCACCAGACGUGUCGCUGCAGCUCGUGCUGAUGCCACUGCAGAUUACAAGAAUACCGGAGUCGUGCAACCGUUUGCCCACCCGUCCUUUCUGGUGGAUGUUUCCCCAGAGACCCUCCCGCCUCUGGGGGUGGUGAAACGGGUGGUGGGGGAGGCAGUAGAAGUAGCCGUGGCAGGCGGAGAGGGGGUGAUAGGAGGGUUGGAGCCGGCAAAAGGGGAUGUGAGGCGUGUGGAUGGGUACAGAGUGGGGCAGAUGGUGCAGCUGAGGGAGGGAGUUGUGCCCCUGUAUGGGUGGGCGUAUCUCUGUAUUGCGACAGUGCACCCAAAUGGGUUUCUGACAGUGCAUCUGCCGGGUGAGCUGUGGAACUCGUCCCGCCACUGGCUCGUGCAUCCCGAGCAUGUGCAGCCAGUGGGGCUGCGCUCCUGCAAGGGCCUGCAGAAUAAGUGGGAGUUACUAGGAGAAGUACACUGGUCGCUGCAGCCUCUCUCCUUCAUCUCCUCCCUGUUUGUGAUGUACCUAGCCUCUCGCUCCAUCUCCAUCCCCUUCAUGCCUUCUCUGCUGCAAUCUGCGAAAGAAAUUGGUUCUGACUCUGCCGACGCUGCAGACCAGGCCACUGGUCAUGCUCCACGUGGAGGUGCAACCCCAAGGUAUGCUGCCAGGGGGGGAUCUCCAUCGCCCUUGAAGCUGUUCGGAUGGGGUGGGAGGAAAGAGAAGGAUGGCUCAGAGGAUAAUGGGAGCAGUGGAGGAGGGAUGAGCAGCAGGUUAGAUCAGGACAGCCGCAGCAAUGCUGCUACUCCUGCUCCAGGGGGGAGUAGCAGGGCGGGUGGUAGUCGGGCUGGUGGUGGGGAUAGUAGUAAGGCUGGCUCUGCUCGCGGAGGAAGUUUCACUGCUGCGAGUGGAGGAGGUGGUGGAGAUAGUGGCAGGACGGGUGAUGGAUCCUUGGGAAAUAUAUCUGUGCCCCAUGGAGAGGGGAAUGGGGGGUGGAACCCAUUUGCGCCCAAGCCUGAGCCUACUUGGUUGCCUUCACCUCUAGCGCGGAUGCUGCCAGAAGCUGUUGGAGGUAGACGCAGACGUGACGGUGAGUAG